GAUGGGACGGGCCGGACGGUGACGACGUGAUGGACGCGGGGGACGUCGAGGACGCCGAGGAGGAGCGCCGGGUCGAGCUCAUGGUCCUGACCGACCUGUAUCGCACCACGGAGGGGACGUACUGGCGCAGACAAAACGGAUGGCUGGACGCGAGGAACCACUGCGCGUGGGAGGGUGUGACGUGCGUAUCCCCCGAGGCCGAGUUCGGGGUGCUGUCGCUGGCCCUGCCCGACAACGGCCUGUCCGGGGUGCUACCCCAGACUCUCGCGAGGCUGCACCGGUUGCGACACCUGGACCUCUCGGGGAACAGGCUGAGGGGCACGGUCAGCGGCGCGUUUGGGUCCAUGUCUCGCCUCCAGGUGCUCAUCCUGCGCUCGAACGCGCUUUACGGUAAGAUUCCGGGCGAGCUCGGCGCCGCGUCCAGCCUCGAGCAGCUCGACCUCUCCGAGAACCACUUCGCGGGCCGGCUCCCUUCGGACCUCUCGCGACUCCGCGAGUUGCGCAUGCUGAACGUGAGCUCCAACGGGCUCACCGGUGAGCUACCCACGGGCGUGUGCGGCCUGCAAAACCUAGAGGUGCUCUCCGUGGCGAAGAACCGGCUCAGCGGCGACCUUCUGGGCCCCGCCGCGGCGCUCGGGUUCGCCGGGAGAAGGUCGACGCUUCGACUGUUCGACGCGAGCGAGAACGAUUUCUCCGGCGCGCCGCCCGCGGUGCCUCCCGACGCGCCCGAGCUGCUCAUCUGGGACGUCUCGAAGAACUCGAUGAGGGGCUCGCUUCCGAAGUCGACGCCGCCGGAGAGUCUUCGUAUUUUCGCCGCAUCGGACAACCGGCUGACGGGCGCCGUGCCCGCCGAGAUGUUCGCACCGAAACUGCAGCUUCGACGCCUGGACCUGUCCGGAAACGCGCUCAACGGCACCCUCCCCGACACGCUGAUGUCUCUGACCCAGGUCAGGCACAUCAAUAUCAGUGGAAACGGGGACAUAUGCGGGGAGAUACCGCACGAGGGCGUCGUUGACAUUCGCGUGAUGCGAGCGCUGAUGGAGUUUGACGCGUCGUCAAACGCGCUCACCGGGCCGCUGCCCCCAGCCCUCGUCGGGCUACCCAACCUCAGGGUUCUGGAUUUGUCGAACAACGAGCUGAACGGCACGCUAUCCGGGGAAAACUGGGCGGACGCAACGCGCCUUGAGCGGCUGAACCUGCGGGGCAACAGGCUGCGCGGCUCCAUACCGCCCGAGCUCGGCAUGCUGCGCGGCCUCACGCACCUCGACCUCAGUGGCAACGAGCUGGACGGUCCCGUGCCUGUCGCGCUCGUCACCGCGUCCACACUGGAACACAUGGACAUCUCGGGCAACUCGUUGGACUGGUCGACGGUCGGGAGGCAGGGACCGAGGCGGGGUGCGUCAGAUGGGGAGCUGUGAAGGGGCUUGGGAGACGAUCGGUGACGCAAUUUAUGCGGGAUAUUUUAAUGCGCAUUAUUAAUAACUAUGCGCUCUAUGACUUUUAUUGAU